GCGCUCUUGUGAGUCGACACUGUGGAUUCAGCGCGAGAGAAGAAACAGCCCCGGAAGCGACAGCAGCAGCAGUGAAAGCGGAAGCGCAAAAAUGGAGGCAGCCGUGUUCAUUUUAUCACUCGUCGACUGCUGUGCUUUAAUAUUCCUCUCCGUUUAUUUCAUUAUUACUCUGUCUGAUCUGGAAUGUGACUACAUCAAUGCUCGAGCUUGCUGCUCCAAGUUAAACAAAUGGGUCAUCCCUGAGAUGAUCGGUCAGGCUCUGGCGACCGUGUUAAUGCUGGUGUCCAUGCACUGGUUCGUCUUCCUGCUCAACUUACCUGUGGCAUCAUGGAACGUUUACAGAUACGUGAAGGUCCCCAUGGGGAACAUGGGAGUGUACGAUCCCACAGAGAUUCACAACAGAGGCCAGCUCAAGUCCCAUAUGAAGGAAGCCAUGAUCAAACUGGGCUUCCACCUUCUCUGCUUCUUCAUCUACCUGUACAGCAUGAUCCUGGCGCUCAUCAACGACUGACCCGCAGCUGUCUUCACAACACAAACUGCCAAAUCAUAAACUGGCCUUUACAUUUUUGAAGAACUUCAUAAAUCCCAAUCAGAAGAUCAGCCCCAUCACUCAUCAUUACCCACAGAAACACCACGUCUGCUGACCACAAACCCCGGAUGAACGAGCGGCACACGCCGUCCUGCAGUCAUGUGCUUGUACUUCGGUUUGAUUUCUCUGUAUCUUGCACUGCUUCUCAGGGCUGAAGCAUCAGGACAAUCCCAGUGACUCACUGAAGCGAGAUUCAGAGCGCCGCCACACACACACUCACACUCACACAGGUGAACCUUAACAAAACAACAUUCACGUAACGAUAAUGUUAACGAUUAAGCAUGUUUUAGGACAUUUAGGCAUUAAUUAUUUUCAUGACAAUUAAGCAUCAUUACCAUAAUGUGUCCAGAUGAGGUUUUGUUGUUGUUGUUUUCUUAUUACACUCCAUGCUUGUUCUGUUGUUUUAAAAUAGAAUGUUAAAACAGCACAACAGAUGUCACUGUGAUGUGCAAAGUCUUAAAUAUUCUUUUUAUUGCAAUUAGAACAGGAUUUUUGGCAUUACGGUAAUGACUAUUUGAGAACAAAAUGUGCUUAAUUGUCAUCUAAAUAAUGUCUCUGAGUGGUUUGAAAUAUAGGUAUCAUUUUUAUCUUGAUUUAUGACCCAGACAUGUUCCUGACAAGUCAUUAAUAUUCUGCCACAUCCACUUUGCCUUUUGUUGGAGCAGUUGUGUGUUUAUUGUUUGUAGUUUAAUGGAGCGUGAUUCAACAGACCACUAGAAUAACCAGAACAAGCGCUAAUGUGUUCCCACAAGCCUCUCUGAUUCAGAUCCUGUCUGAAUCACAUCUGAGGCAUUUGCUUCUGACAUUUCAAUGGCUUGUGCUUGUGUAGAUUUCAUGACUUUUGUGGCUCCUGCUUUUCAUCUUCAAGUCUUGUCAGAUCAGUCAACCUGAUAUCUGCUGAUGUUAGUGUCAAAUUAGGGGUGAAUCUCUCAAACCUUGUCGUGAACGGGUCAUACUUGCCCCCAAAAUCGAAAUAAAUAAAUUAUAUUUUGUUUAAAUUAGCUGAAGCCUCUGUUUAGUACCAUUAAGAUAUUUUUAUGGUAUUUUAAUGAAAAUUAAUCGCAUUCCCCUUAAUUUUUAUUACACAUGCAGUGCAUCUGGAUGUUUUACUUUUGAGUAUUUUUUUUUUUCUAAACUGUGAUUCUAAUUACAGUAAUAAUUCUCAGAACUUGUGUAAUGUAUAUCAUAUGCUGCCUGCUGAUUUAAAAUCUGGACAUAUUUGUAAUGGUGGAGAUGAGCAUGGACUGUCAUGGAAAUAUUGUCACAGUACAAAACAUCUUAAUGGUGCUUAAAACGGGUGUCAUUUUCUUUAGACAAGAUCUUUAUUUUGUCGAUUUUGAAAUGUGAUUGACAUUUUUUUUGCGGAUUCACCUUUAGGACAGCAUGUUGAGGGUUAAUGAAUGCUGGGUAAGCGGGUGUGUGGUGGAGGUUCAGCAUCCAGCCAAAUAGUGUCACAUGAUGUUAAUGGAGUUUCAUCAGUCAGUGUUCUGCUUGUUGAAUGGCCCUGUUCAAUGGCAUGUCUUGAUGUACUACAGUUAUUUGAAAGGUUUUGGUUUGUAAUCAUGUGAGAUCAGUGUCAUCAGUUGUGUUUUUUUACAUAUGUGCGGUUGUGGGGUUUCUUAAAUAAAAAGAUGAUCAUGAAUAGCAA